AAUGAAUGACAAAUUAAAAAGUUUUAUUUUUCUUAUAUUGGUACGAGAUUUUAUUGAUUGUUUUCUUUCAAGAUUUUCGGCCAGACGGCGACUGAAAUUGCAAGUUACUGUGAUAUAUUUAUUUUCAAUAUUUAACUUUUCUUAUCAAGCAAUUAAAUGAUCAGGGAUAUCGAGUUAUGUCUAUAAGUAAUGGAAGGUACAGAACUGGGUGGCGACCAGCAAUUCUGUUUGAGAUGGAACAAUUUUCAAGCAAAUAUAACAUCUCAAUUCGAGGCACUGCGCGAUGAUGAGGACUUCGUGGAUGUCACUCUGGCAUGCGAGGGACACAGGUUGGAAGCACACAAAGUGGUUUUAUCGGCGUGUAGUCCUUAUUUCAAGGAAUUAUUUAAAAAUAAUCCAUGUCCUCAUCCGAUAAUAUUCAUGCGGGAUUGUGAGGUCUCUCAUAUACGGGCACUGCUCCAGUUUAUGUACGUAGGACAAGUGAACAUCGCGCAGGCACAACUCAGCGCUUUUCUUCGGACUGCCGAUGCUUUACAAAUUCGCGGCCUCACUGACUGCUCACAACACAACGAUAAAAAAACCAAUCGAAAGUCUCCCCCGUCUCAAUUACGCAAUUUGCUCAGCGCUAAGCCCUCACAUUCUACCUCCUCCUCCAAAGCCGCAAACCAAAAUGUGGAAUCGACCUCUGCCGAUGACCAAGAGAAGAGCGCUAAUCGCCGUUCCGCGAGGAAUUCUCCUGAAGUGCCCAGAAAUAAUCUCAGCGAAGAAGCUUCCUUUCAAAGUUCUAGUCAAACGAGGCCUAAUAAUGAUGACUAUAGCCAAACCUGUAACUACCCCACAUUGCGGGUGAAAACUGAUCUCGAAGUGACAGACGUGAAUAACGAAGAGAAUGAUAUUCUUAUGGAUCCCGGUGAUGCGGAGAGAGAUAGCAAAUCCCAAGAUUUCAGCGCCACAGAUUUGUUGGAACCAAAAAUGGAAGUCCUGGAACAGGAAGCUAGUGAUGAAGAGCGAUCGGGGUUUCAGCCGUUAUACUUUAAUGAAAAUAAUACUCUCGCAAAUCCUUUUGCCACACUUCAAGGUAGUAUGGAUCUCAUGACGGGAAUGAACGCGGAGCUGACUGAGAACGCAGAAGUUCCAGGUCGAUGGGAUGCGCGUAGGAACCGACCAGUACCAGAUGCAGUGUGGUUGGAACAGCAUAGACGAGCUUUGCCCUUCGUCCUAAAGAGAGAGAAUGAGCGAGCACCGACACCUAGACUCAUAAAACUCGGCGAGGGUGUGGAGAUUCGGGAAGACCUAUUACGUGGGGUCAAAUGGGGGGACUAUCGGAAAGUGACGAGAGGUUUAGCAGCCGCGUUGUUCUCACCAAUUGAAUUGGCCACGUGUUCUGUGACCGGGCAGAGGUGGUCACGCGCAGGUCAAGAGUCGCGACCGACGAAGCCACCGUUGGACAGACGCAGAGUUCACGCGCUGAUUACAUAUGUGAGCAGGCAUUUCCCUGAUGUUGAAGUCAGUCGGAUCAAGCAAGUUCUGGCCUAUAAGUGCAAGGAGAAUUGUGCAGCCCUAAGAAUGAGAACAGCCAGGUUGUCGAACUGUUUCAGCGAAUCGAGCAACUAUUUGCUGAGUGCAGCUGGCCGCCCGCCCUGCGACGAUCCGCCCCAUCACCCGCCCACACCCACGCCAAGACCGUCUUAUUCCAACUAUGAGGCUUCAAAAGGCGGCGGGGCAGGGGGCACUGGCGGUGCGGGGGGAAGUGGGCCUCCGGGAGGCGGAGGGGAGGGAAGAGGGCAGGGAGAUGAUGACACGCACUGAUCCGCACAUUGAGGAAACUAUUAGCUAUGUCCACACACGGGGUAAACCAAUUUUGCCCCUUCUCAAAAAUUUGCGGGUACCCUCUUUUCUAACAUUCUACAGAACCCCGACGAAAUUCUAGGCUACCUGCAAAACAGUCAAGACGAUUAAAAAUCCUCCAUAUUUACAUCAAAUGGCACUGACGAGUGAGAAAUACUCAGAAUUAACACAUAUCGUAUAGGUUUUAACCAGUGUGGGCACACUAAGAUAUCUUCCACUUUGGAUUUUUUUAUACCCAAAACGUCAAAAAUGCAUUGCUACUGAUACACUUUAAAAUAUUUCAGUGAUAAUUAUCAAACGGCAUUGUUUCGAAGACUUGCGCGUUCAGAGUACAGGCGAUGCGCUAAUUUAUUGUUUAGGUGAUAUUUUUCUAUUGGCUACUAAAGAGGCCUCGUUCUCGAAGCUCUAGCAAUAAUUUAUCAGGUUCCUAAGACAUUUUUCGUAGUUAGGUUUCUUGCACGAACUUUCGCGAAACACUGCCGCUUCAAAACAUCUCUUCGCCUCUUUAUUUUAGUCAUUUUCGAACCGCGUAACUAUUAAGCAUUCGAGUGCUGUAUGAGGGACCGUUGCAAUCGCAAAGUAAUGGCAUAAUUAUAGGACUAACAUAGAUAUAUCGUAGUCAUUUCAUUUUAUAGUUGUAAUGUGAAGAUGAAUUUAUUUUGGAACGAGUCAGGUAUUGGGUUUUCGGAGUGCUGUGAUCGCGACGGUUUAAAUGGAGUCAUAUUUUUUAAUAUAUAAGUGUUAAUCGUCUUUGCAUUGUACGAAGACCAUUUUUCGUGUUUAAUUUUUUUCCAAGUCACGGUUUUCGUUAUAUGCAAAGAUUGUUUAGAGGUUAUUUGACUAUCACCACGCAUAUAAGGGUGGGGCUACAUUUGGCGGUAUUAGUCACGCCGUCACUGCCUUUUUUUUUUCUUUGGUUUUUCCAAAUAAUUGAAUGUUAACUCUGAAUGCAUUUAACUGUGGAUCUUGUUUGCGUCACUAUUUCUGCCUCAUGUAUGCCCCAAGUGACGUCAAUUGGUGAUCGGACGGCAUUGCACAUCUGCACAGGGAUGUAUUUAUCAUAUCAACUAAGCAAUAACUAUUAACUAUAAUUUGAUAAAGAGAAUGAAUUUUUUUUUUAAUUUUUAAAAAUACUAUUUUAACCAAGUUGUUAUAAUGAAUAGUUAGUAAAUAACUCAAUUCUCUAAAGUCCAUGAUCAUAUAUAUAGUUCUUUUGAACGGUGAUCAAAUCCUCAUAAUAAUUAUGUAACACACAUAAUCAAAUAUCAUAUCAUAUUAUUUUACAAAAUUUUCUACAUAUCCAAGAGUCACAGAAACAGACUGCGUCCCCAUUCGAGAUGUGAAUGGUAGAAGAUGGUUAACUUCAGAGCCAAAUUAGUUUCCUACAACCUAUGAUCUCUUAUUUAGUACACUAUAGCUUAUAAAUUGUUAGCAUCUGUAUAUACGGUAGGGGUCAAUUCGUAUGUCAGUCUGUUUCUAUGCCCUGCACUAGUCUCCCGAUAUUGGUGUAUAAGUUACAGUUACCAGAUUUAGGAUAUUCUAGACACUGGAUGAUGAUGCCAAUUCAGUCGAAAUGCUCAAUUUUGCCAAAUUUUUACUUGCCGACAGUCUUGUCUAUUGUUUUUUCGUUUCUUCGCGUUUUGUGUUCGGCCUUUCUCUAAGACGAGUGGCUCGAUUUGCUCAACUGUGAUGCGUGUUGGAUGUUUUUCUUCGUAAUCUGAUUAUACUCAAUAGAAAUCAAGUGAGCGAUUGUUAAUUGUAAUUUAAAAAAGUAUAACUUGAAUGCUCGAGAUGCAAUAUGUUAAUUUUGUGCCAAAUGAUAAGUCGUAGCAAUAUAAUCCUAAUCUUGCGUAAUUUGUUGCGUAGUUACCUAUGAGGUUUCAAAGGUUUCUUUUACAAGACUAUAGUAGUAUAUUUAUACAGGGAAAGUGUUAGAAUGUUGUUUGGAUAUAAGAAUGUUUUAGCGGUAUAAUACUCAAUACGCAGGAUGUAAAAAUAAACGCGUCGACGUCUAGUCGGGUUUCGACUACCGAAACAUGCCCAUGGGCAUUGGUCGCCUCCGAAUCGGCUAUUAUUUUUACACUCUGUACGUGCGCGAGCAAUGGAACAAGAGAAUUUAUUUACUCAUAAGAUUUUUUUAUUAAUUAUGAUAAUCUUUUUUUUUUACUAAAAUGAUAUACUUUAUUUCUCAUUUUACAAUUGUAAUGGCAGCUGUUCGUAUAGCAGUGAGGGAUAUGAUCAAUCACUGGUUAAGGUUUCAAAGGUAAAGGCAACGAUACAUCGAACUUGAUUGGGCACAAACUAUUGAUCGCUAUCGCUUCCCUUCGGUUAUUGUAAAUGAUACGAGAUUUCUAAAACAUAGUUUGAUAGAAUGUUUGUGAGGCCCUCGUUAUAAAGUCUAAUUAUAUACAUAUAUCGCUGAGCAAUAAAUCUGUGAACUGUAAAUAAUAACAACUCGAAGCCGUUUGCUGUGCCAAAAUUAUGUGCUAGUCCUAAACAAAAUGUUGUUAUCAUUUUUCAGAUUUUAUUUAGUCCGAAAUGUAUUUGUUCCUGUGAAUUACUCGAAACAAAUCAACACGUCUAUUGUGAUAUGGUUUCGCAUAAUGUAAUCGCUCCGAUACUAGUUUAGUAGAUAUCGAUAAGGGCUAGGAAAUUCUAUUAUAAAUUAUAUAAAUUUAUCUUCCAAAAAUUAUUAGCAAAUUAAUUUUCAUGUUAAGGUAGGCGAUUUAAUUGUUAUUUGUAAAUAUAUAAUGUUGUCUAAGACAACUGGAACUAGGAGCGAUUAUGUGGUGUGAUGGUAUGUGUAACGUAUGAUAACAUCACAGGGUUCGUUAGAUAGGAUUUGUAUGUGAUUUUUAUACAAGAGGUUUGGGUGAAGGUGUUGUGAAGGUUAAGCUUCGUUGAGUGAUCUAUUGAGUGAAGGCUACCAGAUAGUCGGGUUAGUGUUGAUUUGUUAAUAUAUUUAUAGUAUUUAUAAAAGAUGCACACAAUGAUUUAGCUUUGAGCUCGUGCAAUAUUAUUCCAAAUUGUUUAUAAGAAAAAUGUUAUAAUUAUUUCUACUCUAAAUUGUUAUAUAAAUAUUUUUGUAUAUGUAAAAGACAAAGGCAACUUGAAUUCUAUUUUUGUUGUGCAUUUAUUCUCAAAUUUUAUCGAUAUGGUAACCGCAAACCCAUUGUGGACUGUAACGUCUGCAUGCAAGAAAUAUAAUUAAGAUAUUAUGAUAGAUGGAUUUUUUAUAUAUUACCGCUGAUAUUGUGAGUCAAUUCAAAUGAUUAUUCUCUUUUUUUUAGAGUUAUUUACAAUAUAUCACCUAUGAUUGCUCAAUAUGAUGCAAUGUUAAUUACAAUGUAGAGGAAUCAAGUACGUCGUUUUAUAUGGUUAUUUUACUGUUUAUAAUUUGCGAGUUGUGGCAGCGCAUGUUUAUAGUUUUAUGUUUAUUCUAAGAGAGGCCAAAUGUUGACUUGCUUAUGUGAGACUGUUUUGCCAAGAAUCAGAAAGUAUAUUACCUACAUUGUUUUAAAAUAAAUGCUUUUAUAUAA